GCACACAUUAACUGGUCAUACAAACAAAGUUUCGAGCGCCAAGUUUUUUCUUGAUUCAACGAAAGUUGUUUCUGGGAGUCAUGACAGAACAUUGAAAGUUUGGGACCUCAGGACAAAAGCUUGUAAGGAAAUAGAAUGUUAUGCUCGAGCGCAUUUUGGGAGGUAUUGGGGCUGUAAGCCCAUAAAUGACUUAACAUGAUAGCCAUGUAUAUAUGAUGGUCUGUACACCCUGUCUGACCAAAUGGUAUGUUUUUCAUACACUUUAUUGGUUGCAAUAAAUCCCUUGAGUUUUGUAAAACGGCGGCCACUUUAAAGGCAAAUUUGGCUAAUGAUAAUGAAUUCCUUUUGUUGUGGUUGCAUCAACAUGGACGUCGUUAGGUAACCUACCCAAGCUACAGUAUAUAAUAAUACUAUUAAGAUGUGUAAUACACAGUGAUAGUAUACUAUUAGGGAGAGUCCUUUUUCGCGCCUUUUUUUGGUCACAUUCACGAUCAGAAAUUGCGGCCACAACUUGAGAGCUAAGAUGCUUAACUGAACAUGCAUAGAAUGUAUAUGCUGACGUGUACGGAAUAUUAACGAGGAAAACUACUAAAGUAUUUCAAGAUAUAGUCGGCAAAGUUUUUGAUUUAUUGGUAGAAUGUCGAGGUAAAGAAAAGGUUAAAGGCCAAGAAAAAUAUUAGGUGACUCAAGCAUAAUUGAGAACUAUUUAAACUUACAAUUUCAGCUAGUUAUUUCGCCAUGAAAAAGCCAAAAACAAAAAAGCGGGAAAAUUCUUGACUGAGCCCACAAUGUCAUGCAAUAAACAUUCAGCGACAUGACCAUUUUCCUAUGCAAUUUCCGGUCGUAGUUGUCGCCAAAAAAUGACGGGGACCUCUUCAUGAGCGAAUGAGUAUGUGAUACUCACCUUGUACUUCUCCUGGUCGACUCUUUACCUUAAAUGUUGAGGGCAAUCAUCCCACUGCCAUUUCCUACCACUUCUUUGUCCGUUGAUGCCACGAACUAGUUCAGCCUCAAGUUUCAUGACAUUCUUUAAUAUUCUUUUAACCUGAUAGAAAUUCUUUUAGUGAAGUGUAUACAAACUGUGUGUUUUUUUUAGGUAACCGAACAAUAUUUGCAGGCUCAAGUUGCAACGACUUAGUAACAACAAGCUUAGCUUCGUAAGUGAAGUAUAGCAUGACAAAGAAAUGGAUUGUUUUAAUUUGUUCAUUCUAUUGUUCCAUAUUCCCCGUUUAUAAUCGUCUCUUUGUCUCUUUGUAUUUUAAAAAAGCCUGUUUACGCCAGUGACCUCCAUAUAUAUCUGGAGCGAGAACUCGAGUCCAAAAAAUGAAGCCAGCUUCGUGUUAACCGCGCAGACAAAAACUGACAUGCUGUAACUCUUUAAUUUCCGCCAUCUUGGCAAGAAGUGUGCCGAUAUUUCGUAUUUCGAUUUCGAUUUAAAGACCAAUAUUAUUAUUUUAUGAAGCGAUACGGUCCGUUAGAAAAAACUGGAUUUAACUGGGGAAAAUGGUAUAAAAAUUGUUUACAAAAAAAUUGUUAGACGUCAAUGGCCGCCAUCUUGGUCCGAAUGACUGAAGUUCUCGCUGCAGAUACAGUAUAUAUAGAGCUCACUGGUUUACACUUGCAAUUUUAGGUGCGAUUUUCGUCUUCUGAUGUAUGUGAACGAGUAGAUAAGUUAUGAAAGUUCAUUCUCGUACCCAGAGCCCUUCUUACGCGCGGUGCGACGAGGAGCUCUGGUUACGAGAAUGAUGAAAGUUCAGAUGAGGGUACAUAUACUCAGAAUAUUCAUAACUCAUCUACUCAUUCACAUGCAUCAGAAGAAGGAAAUCGCAGUACAAAUCGCAGCACUCUUUGGCUCUUACCAAUAUUUGUGUACAUCAUUUUAUGUGUAAGGGCUUACAGAUAAAAUGACGUACACAAAUAUUGGUAAGAGCCAAAGAGACGUCCAUGUUCAAUAUUUACUGUACGUGACUUAUUAUUAACAAAAUUUUUGUUGGUAGGGAUGCAACUGCCUGAAAAUACAGGGAGAACUUCGACGUUUCGAGCGAACGCCCUUCGUCGGCAAGUUAGUGAUAAUAGUUUCCCUUCGCUUGAAAUGUCGAAUUUCUCCUUGUAUUUUGCAGGUAGUUGUAUCCUUAUCAACCGAAGUUUUGUUAUUAUUAGCACUACCUACACUGGUACAGACAGUUCAAGAUUAUGUGACAUAUUAUUGCCUUUAUACAAUUUUAAUUGGUGAUCAGUUUCCAUAAUAUGGAUUAUAGUUGACCCAUUCUUGCGGCUGUAUGCGGGAUGUUACAAGUUUCUGUCACCAUCAUUCACAUUUCUGUGCAUGCCAUGUCACUAGGGCCAACUUCAAGUCGUAUGUAUUGCAUAAACUAUUAGCAGCAGUUUCCACAGAGUUUACUGUAAUCCUGAUACACUUUUCCUUCUUCCAGAACGACAAUUAUUAGUGGUCAUUUUGAUAAACGAAUUCGAUUUUGGGACUCUAGGUAAUGUUCGUUCCACCGUUUAAGAAAAUUUAUUAAAAGUUGCAGUAAGUAUUUGAACUAUAGUAACAUACAGUUCAGGUGGUAGCAUGGUUUUAGUUGUGUUACUAAGAACUGACGUGGUAUAGUCAACAGCAAAUGUGGAAAUGUUGUGAAAUAUCGAACCUGCGGCCAGAGGACUUAUAGUUGCAUUUUUCGCAGCUACUCAUGGCUACAGGUCUAAAAUAAAUAUAUAAAAUUUCCACUCGAAAUUUCCAUCCACAAAACCCUUCAACAUUAGUUCAAUCGAGUGAGAUGCCCCCAAGUCCUGAUAUUUAUCCUUAUAGUAUGUACACAUGAACUUGCAUGCGGUUAGAGCUCGACAACUGGCCUCAGUUGGUUAGAGCUCGACAACUGGCCUCAGUUGGUUCGAGCACUGCACAGGAAUUGCAGGGCCGCAGGUUCGAUUCCUGCCACAGGGCCUAUAGUUGCAUUUUUCGCAGCUGCUCCUGGUUAAGGUCCAAAAUAUGUGUAUAAAAAUUACACUCGAAAUUUCCAUCUACAAAAAACCCACAAAAAAGCAAAUAUGGUUUAUAUAUUUGGUAGUAAGGUAGUCUUACACGUGGUUGCAAAUAAUGCCAACAACAUCCGCAGCUGACUAAAGUUGACAAAUCAACCAAAUACCAUGCAUGGAUGUUACUGGACAAAAUCCUCACCAACAAACGCAACAACGACAACGACAACAACAACAACAGCGUCUUAUAUUACUUGGAUUUUUAGGUCAGACACGAGUUCUACAGAAAUUGGAUUACAAGGAAGAGUUACAUCACUGUCAAUUUCUCCUGGUGUGUACAUCUUUUACAAUUAUUCGAUGGGUUUCAAUUCGUUGCAAAUGAUGUUAAAUGUUUUCGUUCAUACAUAUACAUACAUAUAUAUAUACGGGCUUUUCAGUGACCAGUAUUACGCUUACUUAUAUUAUCUUUAUAUUACCUAUACUUAAAGCCUACACUUUAACAAUAAUUGUGAAUUACUAUCUUUACUGUGUUUAUACCCUAACCAACCCUGUCAACUUUCCCUGUGGGAGGAAACUGCAGCGCCCGGAGAAAACCCACGACUUUCGGCAGGUUAACAGACUCUUUGCACAUGAGUCCGUAGCGAGAAUCCAACCCACGAUCUCGAAACCCCACGUUACAUGUUUUUGCCAACAAAUACAAGGUCGAUACAUUAUUAAACAAUUUCUUCAGUUAUUGAAGUGUUGGCUUUUACACUUGACUUCCAUGUGACACACUUUCCUCACUUACUAGUGAAACCCACCUUUGCACUUUCUUAUGCUUGCAGUCUUACAGAAGAUUCUACUGAUAAAUGAAACAUUAGCUGCCAAACACAUGACGUAUUGAAGAGUUAGUAUAUAUAUAUAUAUAUAUAUAUAUAUAUAUAUAUAUAUAUAUAUAUAUAUAUAUAUAUAUAUAUAUAUAUAUAUAUAUAUAUAUAUAUAUUGCCUCUCACUAUAGUUGUAGUCUAGCCUGCGAACAGGCUCUCAAGCUUGAGAGUUUGUUCGCAGGCUAGUUGUAGUCAAACAACUUUAGCCAACUUACACGCAUGGGUACGUUGUUUUAAUUCUGCUUUGUUUAUAGACCGCAAUACGUUAUUAGCAGCAACCAGAGGGGAUACUUUAAAAUUAAUUAAUCUCCGAAUGAAUCAAGUUUCCGGCACACUGAGGUUGGUUUUUCUGAUUUAGUUAAUCUUUUUAUAACCACUUUUCCAAUAUAAUAUCACAUAUAAAACGCUAACUUCCUCCGCAGGCAUCUCUAGCGCUGACUGUCCGAGUUAGAAGUUAGCUAGAUUUUUUCUAAACCACAGCUGACCCCUAUAGAGUUCCCUGCAAUGGAAGUUAAUAAAACCCUUUCGAAUUCCAACACUCUGUAUUUCUAUUUUAGUGCGGAUGGUCUUAAAAUUGCAACAGAUUGUACACGAGCUUGUUUUAGGUAAGUUAAAACUUAACUUGAAUGCAAGCAACGGAUAUAUAACGGAAAAUAAUAAAUCUAUUCUGCCGGGCAUUUCGACCGAACAAAUAAAUCGGCAGUUUUCAUUUAAAUUAAAGGUAUAUUAUUUUAUUAAUGUUGUUCAUAAAGCAUGAAAGCGAAAAAGGAGCACAAAACAUUUCCUUGGCUUCGCUGUGACAAGCAACAAAAUCACAUCACAAGUUUAUAGUAGCAGGCAUGCAGAAAAUUCCAAAACAAUAUCCAUGGAACCAAGACAUUUUCAGUUGCAUGUAUGAUCCGGGAAGUGAUCAGCACGAGCAAGUUGAUAGCUUGAAGAGCUGGCCAAUCAUUAUCAGGCAAUAUCCGAGUAACUGCACAGUUGAUCGGACAUUUGUCAGACCACUGGCAUCUCUAUGAGUUUUAACCUGCGAAUAGGUACGCCACCCGAUUCCCUAGAGAUAUCAAACCCAAGCGAAAUUGUUAUAAUCCACACUAGAUGCAGGACCCGUAUAGGGAUGCCAGAUGACCUUUGAGUUGAACAUGGCCUGUGGCCCUGUGCUACUUAAGCCUGCAGCACACGAGAGCUAUCUGCUGAGCCAAAAGUUACUCGUGCCUGUUAGCUCAGCUGAUAGCUCACCGAUCAAACAUGUUUGAUACGUGAGAAAAGGUUGCAUGAGGCAAAAAACUCAGUAAAAUGUAUGCGCACACGGUGAGCUAUCGGCUGAGCUAACAGGCACGAGUAACUUUUUGCUCAGCACAUAGCUCUCGUGUGCUGCAGGCUUUAAUUCACCUAGUAACUUCACUUUACAUACUAAUGGGGUCCAGUGCAGCUAUAAACAUUAAACAUUAUAAUAAUGGUAUUUUAGCUCUAUUAAUGAAUAAUAUCAAUACUAAUUCAGAAAUUAGUAUAAUAAUUAUUGAUAAGUAAGUGCAAAUUGUAAGCCCGCACGUUUGUUGUGAGGUGUUGCUUUUAAUAUUUUAAUAAAGAUUUAUACAUACAUGGUUCCCUCAAACUCUCCUAUGACAGAUAGGAUUAAACACCAGCUAUAGACAUUAAAACUGAAUCAAGACUUCUCUGAUAUUCAUACCGCCACUUAAUGUAAAUGAGGCUACACAAAGAAACUGCAGUAUUGACCUGCAUACUUAAUUACGCAAGUUGGAAAUUAGAAAAUUGAAACUGAAAUGCUUGAUCAUCUCGGAAACCGAAAUGUCCAUCGUCAUGAAAUCUUGAUCGUCUCACAAACUGAAGUGCUUGAUCGUCUCGGCAAAAUUCUAAAGGGCGGGUGUUGGAAAGGUUGACAACAAACAGCGUUCCUCUCAGGAUACAUUGAUAUCCCAUUUUGUAAGCUAGAUACAAAAGAACACAAAUUGUUCUAAGCGUUAUAAUCGGUCUUUGAAGAACUCGGAAAAGAAAUGACUAGGAAAUUAUAAAUAUCUCUUCCUUGCAGUCCUGACGGCACUUACGUGGCUUGCGGUUCUCAAGAUGGCAGCAUAUUCAUCUGGGAUACAUCAACAAUGAAAACGGAGAAAGUCUUAAAGAGUCAUGGGUACGUAUUCGAUUUAACUGUGUCGAAAACGCAAGACAAUCUAUUUAUUUCUACGGUAUUUCCCAAAAUUAAUGAUUCUGGUGCAAAAUUUCCUUGAUUUUCCAUGAGACGCGUUAUGUAUUCAUACAUAUUCACACAUACAGUAUAGGCUAAGUGUAAACUUGUGGGGGUGCGGGCGAUUACCGUGCAAAUGUAUACUUUAUUAAUUAUCACAUCCUAUUGUUCAUAUUAAAUAUUCUAGAAAGAGCGCUGUCCCUUGAAUGAGCGUUGGAAUGAGCGCCGCUCUCGAAUAAGCGCCACAUUCGAAACACUAAACAUUUAAAGAGUGUCGUGGCGCUUAAACGAAUAAAUACGGUAAAGCCAGUUUUGCACUGGGCGGAAUUUUGCACGCGGAGCGGAAUUUUGUUUUUUCUAAUUAGUUCCACCCAAGAAAUCACAAGAAAAGAAAAAUUCCGCUUCGCGCGCAAAAUUCCGCCUAGUGGAAAAAGCCUCAAGUUAAAUGUGUCAAAAUGUACUACAAUAUAUCCCCAUUUCCCCCCAGCAACUUAAUGCUCAAUUUUGGGAUGUUUACCUCAAAGAUCUGGAGCUACAGUAGAUUACCAUAGCCUCCCGCAUUAAAAGAGGGAUAUGGUAAUAUUGUUCAUAUGUAAUAUGUAUUUCCUACAGGGCAGCUGUGGUGACCUGUGCUUGGCACCCAGAUGGCAGUGCUUUGGUCAGCUGUGAUAGAAAUAAACAAGUUGUAGUUUGGUCAUCUUUGAUUUGAAGUCAAGGUAUUGAAUAUUCCAUUUAAUAACGCAACCCCCUGUCGAGGAUAGCUGCAAAUGCUCUAGGGUGACCGCACUAUUCUGUUUGAAUUCUUCAGGGCACUGUAUAUAAAUUAGGCCUUAUAUAAAUUCUAAAAUAAGUGUGACAGUGGAUUUUCAAAACAAUGAAAAGACAACGAAACAUUGUCAUGCACUGGAUCGUGACUUGAUUACGCCAUUAUUGUGUUAAAUGUUAUGCAAACUGCAAAGAACCCAUUAAACUGGAAUUCCUUGGGGAUUAACUCAAUUUUAAGAAAUGAGUAUGCAUGCAACUUUAUGAAAACAUAUACUCAUUUUGGGGGGUGAAUAUUUUCUCAAGUCAAAUCUAUAAUUAUUAAAAUCUUUUUGGGGGGUUGAGCUUCAUGGUAUUCCAUGCAUUAUAUGUCCUCGAUAGUGAGUUACGGAUAUUAUAUAGAAUGAACCACUUUAUAACUACAUAUAACCCCUCGUUGGCACGGAACCCCUUUUGAGAGACGUACUUGAAACAAAAAUAUAUACAUCGUGUUACAGGCCAAUAAUUUUGUAGAAUGAAUGUAAAUAUGAUUUAGUGAAUAUUGUUGUACAGGGUGUCCCAAAAAAUACUGAUUCACCCUAUAGAAAUCACUCUUUUGUUGUUAAACGUGCGUUGUUGGACCUCUGGGGCCGGUUGUUCAAAAACCGGUUAGCCUAACCCUAGUAAAUUUGUGUUAACACACAAAUUUACAAAUUAAAUUUUCCAACAGCUCAUCAAUCAAGUUGAAUAUGUUUUUCCAGAAAUCUUUUCUCGUUCAAUAGAGGUUUUAUUUUCUAAAGUUUUGAAACGAAUGAUCAUGGAGAAAUACAUAAACAAAAACAGCAGGUUAAAAUUUAACCCAGGGUUAGCGCCAAUAGGGCUUUGAACAACCGACCCCUGGGAAUUUAAAAUAGCUUCUAAAACGAACAGCAACACAAAAAUAUCAAAUUACAAAUUGAACCGUCAAUUCGAGUAAAGCCAGUUUUCCACUUCAAUCGUAACGAAACGUACCGUAGCAUUUUCUUUUGUGUCGAAGUCAUUAGUUCUACUCUAGUGCUCAAAGAAAUGCGUUUCGGUACGAACGAUUGAAGUGGAAAACUGGCUUCAGAAUGGUUCAACUGACUAGAGAGCAACCAGUAUUUGACUAUUUGUCGUACCAAUUGAUACGUUAACGCAAUGUGUAACCGAAGUGUUAAAUUAUUUGGACAAAGGGAAGUUGUAAAUACUUGCGCCGUUCAUGUACAAUUAAAUUAAAUUACCAAAGGUAUAAUAACGCACAAGAGUGAUUUCUAAAAGGGACUUUUUUGGGGACACGCUGUAUAAUUUGGGCCGUUUUUGCAAGGCGAAAUUUUCUGUUUGUUGUGACGUUUGUUGUGACCGAAAGUCGGUAGAAAUCAAUUUUGAGCGAAGGUAUUAAUACACGACUUUCGCGUCAACGAACAUUCUUCACAACAUGCACAAAUGCACUUUUGAACUCAGACUACGUUCACACGAGACUGGGAUAUUUGAAGCCUGGUUCUCGUAUGCCGCUGGGGAGUGAGGAAUGCUUUCCCAGUACUAUAUAACAAUUAUAAACUUUAUUAUUUCAUAUUAUUUCCAGUGCGGUUUAUAUAAUACAACAAUAAUAUUUAAUGUUAAUAUUUAUCACUUAUUUACUGAGACCGAGUGAAACAGUGUGUUUUGUGGACCCGAGACAGCCGUAGUCCUAGGACUAUCGCAGUCCUAGGACUGGAUAAAUAUACUUCAUCAGGCAUCCAGUAUUAUCAUGUGAGCAAAAUCAAGCAAUAUGGUUGGCUAAUUUACUCAUGAAUUGUUAAUGAGUUUGAGAUUUAAUGUUAAUUUUCAUUUUACAUCGUAACAUCUACUGUUCAUUGCUACAUUUAAAAAGACGAGUUUUUAAAGCUGAUUUAAAAUGGAUAAAUUAUUCUCAGCCGCGAAUCGUUACAGAACCAAUCAAUUUCGUGUAACCUCAUUUGUAUAUAAGUUGUCGUAGCCUAAAGACUGGCUGGUAAUGAAUUUCAUAUAGACUGAUGCUUUGCACACACACAGAGCAACAGCUUGAAAUCGAGGCGGACAUUGCAACCAUUGUAAAAAAAAUUUAUUGCCAGCCAUCAAAUUCGGAAAAUGUCUGUUGUCUUGGAUCAUUGAUGCAUAAAGUCCAUUCUCUACCCGAAAUAUUUUCUCAUAAUAUGAUCAUUAACAAUGAUGCAUGAGUGCAGCGCUGAUCAUUGACGAGAUAACGAGAACCAGGCUACGUAAAGUUGUUAAUUUCGUUGUGUGUGAACGCAAAUCUUACAAAUCUGAGUACGAGUUUCGAAUUUAUCCAAUCCCGUGUGAGCGAAGCACAAAUUAUUUUGUAUUUGAUGUGUGAAGGCGCUAAACCUUUACAGAAUAAAAUGAAUUGUAAAAAUUUUGUAUUUUCAGUUAAUUAACGUUAAUGUACAGAAACUGUAUGAAUUGAACAGUAAUUACUGCACACCUUGUACUGUAUUGAAUUGAAAUGUUGUUUUCAAAAAUAAACAUACGUAAUAUUGUAGUAUGUAUACUGGUGUAGUUA